CUUCAACUUCAAUUGUUACGACUCGACCUUGGGAGACUCAAUUGUCAUUAGCUCGCUACAACAUCGAUAGCAGAUCAGCCUGCAUGCCAAAUCCUGGAUCCAAAAAGCGAAAGACACGCCAUUCAGGACGAAAUUUCAGAAUGACACGGCAGGAGCCAGGUGCUACCAUGCUUGCGCUUGCCGACACUGGCUUGUUGCGACUUGUAGAUGAACUUCUGCUCAACGUUCUCGACUUCGUAACAUCCCUUGGAGAUCUUCGCAACAUUGCGGCAACAUGCACACGUCUUCAGGGUCUUGCGGAACCGUACAUCUGGCGCUCCGUGUUGGUGCUCAGCGGGACACAUGCACGCAACGUUGCUGUAGCAUUGGAUCAACGCGAUCAGCGAGUUGAUUUCAUCCAAGAACUCUCAAUCCGGUAUAGGAAUACACAUAAAGAGGGCAUUGAGGACCUCAAUCACUGGAUGACACUGAUGUCAAAGCUCCGCUAUUUGACUCUUGAAAGCCCUUGUCCAAAUAAUUCCGAGUGGAGUCAGGGCGAACUCUUCGACGGUUGGUCAAGAAUUGACUAUUCAAACUUGAUGGCGAGCGCAGUGUUCCCGAGAGAAGGCUUACCAGUCGCGUUGCCAAUGCUACAAUCUUUCACAUUGCAUGCCCAUGGGCCAGAUGACAGGAAGUUCGAUCUUGACAACCGACUGGCUUCUGUGUUCUACCACCCUACUCUCCGCGACCUCACUAUAUCUUGCCUGAACAUCAAGAAUGCCGAUAUGGAAUCAACGAUCAAGUCUUUCGGGAAAGAGCGUAAAUCUACCCCGCUACGUUCUUUAACCUUCAUUGAAUGUAACAUUGAUAUGGAUACACUCUUCACCAUCCUCAGCAUGCCGAAGGCUCUAAAACAGCUCUCGAUUGGUGAGCGUUUGCAUGUGUUCACAGGGGCACACCCAGCCAUGCAUGCUGAGCAGCGAACAUCCUCGGAGCGUUUCCUACCAGCUCUGCAGCAACAAGCAGGCUCACUUGAGAAACUGACUCACAUUGGAGGCUCGCUCUCAUAUAUGCUCAGGCGUAUAACCGACGAGGAUGGUGCCGCCAAGCUGCGCUCCUUUACUGAACUACAACACCUCGAGCUGGGUUUCGAGUCGCACCUUUACUAUUACCUCCGCGCGAACGGGUUUCCACCGCGACUCAAAUAUCUCAAGAUGCUAGAUAACGCCAUAUCAAACAGCUACAGCCAGCAACCUGAUGCUCUCACGAGAACAGUGUUCCGCUCAGCGACAUCGCUGGUUACGCAGUGCUUCCCCUCUAGUGUGCCGGAAGACUUCACACUUCACAUCCACUAUUCGCAUACGUAUGCUUUUCGCUCAGCAGAAGCUGAUGAAUGGAUCUCUACACUGUUUCUUAGUCGGCCUUUGGUCUACAGGAUUGCAGAUAUUUUGCACGAACACAAAGGCCGGCUCGUUAUGUCGCGAGACUCAUUCCCUUCAGGUGAUUCUUACAUCCCACCGUACAUGUACGGCGAAGAGCUACCGGUCGAGAAGAUGCUGUAUAGCUCGGAUAACUACUUCACGUUCAACGGAAGGGAUUACAGAGUCCUCGACGAUGAAAGACAUCAGGCGAAGGUGGAGAGAGGUCUGUUAGUGUGUCCGAAGUGCGUGAGCCGAGCCUUUACAGAGCGCGAAUGCAAGCAAUUAGGAGACGGGAGUCGGUGUCAGCCUUGUUACCGGGAUGGUAUGGAAUGCGGGUGGGCGAGGGAUGAGAACGGACAGCUCGCGAGGCCAAAGGCGAGCGAGAAUCUGAAAUGAUGAUUGGGUUCAGAAUGUGGACUUCAUGUGCAUGCGCCCAUUAGAGAUAAAUACCACGAGAUCACUCUGCUAUCUUCUUUAGCACUUAAUAAAUAAUCCCAACUUCAAUCUGCUGCAUUUGGAUAAGUUCGUCGAUGGAGAUGGUGGAAGUUGUGCCAAGGUUCAGCUUUCG